UCAUUCGCUCUUCUUACAGGUGACCAAGGGGCGGAUCACGCGGCGCUGGAUUGGGCGACUAGGUUAAAAAUAAUCCGAGGAAUCGCGCGCGCCAUGGUUUACCUCCACGCAGAGCUCGCCUCCUACGAUCUUCCCCACGGCAACCUCAAGACCGGCAACGUCCUCCUCGCCCCCGAUUUCGAACCCAUCCUCACCGAUUACGGUCUCAUCCCCCUCGUCAAUCCCUCCGCCGCCCCCAACGUUCUCUUCGCAUUCAAAUCCCCCGAAUCCCCCCACGUUUCUCCCAAAUCCGACGUCUACUGCUUCGGCAUCGUCCUCAUCGAGAUCCUCACCUCCAGAUUCCCU